AUGACCUUCAGUGGGCCUCUGGAAGACAUGUUCGGGUAUACAGUCCAACAAUAUGAAAACGAAGAAGGGAAAUGGGUACUUAUUGGUUCACCGCUAGUUGGGCAGCCUGAAAAAAGAACAGGGGAUGUAUACAAAUGCCCUGUAGGAAGGGACAGCCAAUCACCCUGCAUGAAACUGAACUUACCAGAUGCUACUUCAGUUCCUAACAUUGUGGAAGUAAAAGAAAACAUGACUCUUGGAACAACCUUAGUGACUAACCCAAAAGGAGGCUUUCUGGCAUGUGGACCACUUUAUGCAUAUAAAUGUGGACGUUUGCAUUACACAACUGGAGUUUGCUCUAAUGUCAGCUCCACUUUUGAAACCAUUAAGGCGAUUGCUCCAUCUGUGCAAGCAUGUAAAACCCAGUUGGAUAUCGUCAUAGUCCUUGAUGGGUCCAACAGCAUUUAUCCAUGGGAGAGUGUCACAGCCUUCCUAAACAGCCUCCUGAAAAACAUGGAUAUAGGUCCUCAGCAAACACAGGUUGGAAUUGUUCAGUAUGGACAGACCGUAGUCCAUGAGUUUUUCCUGAAUACAUACUCAACAACAGAAGAUGUGAUGGAGGCAGCCCUGAGAAUACGCCAGCGGGGUGGAACACAAACUAUGACAGCCCUGGGAAUAGACACAGCGAGGAAAGAGGCUUUUACUGAGGCUCAUGGUGCGCGAAGAGGAGUGCAAAAAGUAAUGGUUAUUGUGACUGAUGGGGAAUCACAUGACAACUACAGAUUAAAAGAAGUGAUUGAUGAUUGUGAAGAUGAAAACAUUCAGAGAUUUGCUAUUGCUAUUCUUGGCAGCUACAGCAGAGGAAAUUUAAGUACUGAGAAAUUUGUAGAGGAAAUAAAAUCAAUUGCCAGUAAGCCUACUGAAAAGCAUUUCUUCAAUGUCUCAGAUGAAUUAGCACUUGUAACUAUUGUUGAAGCACUUGGAGAGAGAAUAUUUGCCCUGGAAG